CAGUGCCCUGCGCGCAUGCACACACACACGCACACACUUACAUGCACGCACACGCACGCACAACGUGGCUCCGAGCUUUGCGGGGGGAAGGGGACCGCGGCCAGGCACCUCGGGCUGACGUUAACCCAGAUUGCACCGGACAUCCAAAUACCGUGCUCUGCCAAGCAAGCUCACGCCUCCCGCUAGCGACAGACACCCCCAUCUCCGGACGGAAACUCCCUCCACAGCCAGCAGCCAGAAUCUCCCUCGGCCUGUUGUCUGUACCUUGCACCUCACGGGAAGCACACCAUGCCCUUGCGCAGACCGAUGACCGGCAGGAAGAAGCAGGAGACACAGAGGAGCCGGCUACUUGCCCGGCCUGAUUAUCAGCGAAGGCUGAGGAUCUAUGCUCGUGCCCAGCUGCACCUGAUGCAUCAAGUCUCCGCCAUUGCGCUGUCCAUCAGUAACAUGAUCCAGCAGCUGGGCAUCCUUUACCUAGCCACGCAACGCACCCAGUGCCCCACACUCUCCCUGGGCUCUGCAUCCAGCGGGCAGGUGGCCGACGAGGAAAAAGCCAUCCUGGAUGCCGCGGAAGCUGGGGUGCUCUGGCAUCACCUUCAGACCGUCGACCGACAAUUAUGGGCACACACCAGCAGCACCGACUGGUGGGAGCGGAUAGUCCUUUCCACCUGGGAAGACAAACAGUGGCUGGAAACCUUUCGCAUGAGCCGAGCCACGUUCAUGCACAUUGUCACCAAGCUGUCCCCGUACAUCACGCGGCAGAACACGGUCAUGCGGCGGCCCCUCAGUCCGGAGAAGAGGGUGGCCAUCGCUGUCUUAAGGCUGGCCACCCCGACCAGCCUCCGUUUAAUCUCAAACCAGUUUGGCGUGGGAAUGGCUACGGCCGGAGUGGCCGUCCGGGAAGUCUGCCGGCUCCUUCACAACGUAAUGGCGAACAGCUUCAUCUGCCUGGAGAACCCGCAGGAGGUGAUCGAUGGCUUUUGCAGCAUGGGCUUUCCCAACUGUGUGGGAGCACUGGGCAGCACCCACAUUCCUGUGCGGGCCCAGGGCAGUCAGACAAACGUAAACCGCAAGGGCCCUGCCUCCAUCAUCCUCCAGGCCGUCGUUGACCAUCACGGCAGAUUCACGAACAUUUUCACCGAGUGGGAGGGGAGCGUCCGUGAUGCCGAAGUGCUUCAGAGCUCUCCCCUCCCCGACUUGAUGGAGAGCGGAAAGUAUGCUCCCGAGAUACCCGAAGUGGACAUCCGCGGCAUUGUGACCUCCCCCGUCUUAAUUGCUGACCCAGCUUACCCGCUUCUGCCCUGGCUGAUGAAGCCCUACGGGGGCGAACUGGACCAUCGUCAGGAGCAGUUUAAUGACUGCCUCAACAAGUGCCGCGCAACACUAGAGGGUGCCUUUGAGCGCCUCAGGGCGCGCUGGCAAGCUCUGAGCGUGCCCCUAGAGAUGGACAAGGAGAACAUUAAAAGAGUGAUUGUGGCAGCAUGUGUGCUGCACAACAUGUGCGAGAGCAGGGGGGAAGUAUUUAGUGAAUCCUGGACCGAGGAGGUACGGCGGAGCGAGAAAAACCCUCAGCGCAAAGUCGCGCAGGGAAAGGAGAGUGAAGUGUGUGAUAGCCCCUGCAUCGAGGAAGGCCCUGAGGAUGAAGAUGCUAGCCGCAUUCGUGAUGCUCUGGCCGACCACCUCCUCGCUACCUUGCACAAUGAGGAGGGGGAGUAGGGCCAUGGUGCGGUGUGUGCCGGUGAGCCCGGCUGCUCUGUGGCCUGACAAGGGCAGGGGUUUGUUGUUUUUUUUUUGCAAGUGAUGCAACACAGUUCACUUGUCAAUUUGUAAAGUUGUCAAAGCGUAUUUUUUUAAUAAAGUUAGAGCCAUCUGUUCUGGCUGGCUGGUACAGAAAA